GCGUUAGGUUUAUAAACAGAAUUUCAUGUGCGACUGUCACAAACUGACAUUAAUGACUUUUUUAAUAAACUAAAGCUUAAAAUGACUUUGAAAACGGAAAUAUAAAGAUUUCUUGUCACUCGUACAAGGGAAGUCGUCUUUAGACGAUUCUAUCCUAUUCCGAGGCUGCAAAAUCAAGUCGAAGAUGCCAGCUCGAAACACUAUCAACAAUGGAGUCAGAUACUCCAAACUAGCGAGUGAUGAUGACGGAUACAUUGAUCUUCAGUUUAAGAAGAGUCCACCUAAAGUCCCGUAUAAAGCGAUCGCCCUGGCAACCGUUCUGUUCCUCAUCGGCUCCAUACUGAUCACCAUCGGGUCCCUCCUGUUAGCAGGAUACUUCGAAGUUACUGAUCACCGGGACCGCACCAUCCCUGUCCUGAUUAUUGGAAUCCUGGUCUUUCUUCCUGGGUUUUACCACCUGCGCAUCGCCUAUUACGCCUCCAAGGGUUACCGCGGCUAUUCCUACGAUGACAUCCCUGACUUUGACGACUGAGCGUCCGGGACGUCCUGUCAGCCUCGUCUUCCUGCCACUGAUGUCCACCACGUCACAAUGACUGACAGGCUCUUUUCUGUUUUUCAUAGACUGAGAAUGUGAAACUGAUUUCAUCAUGGAUUUUAUGCCAUUUUUCUGUAAUGAAAACAGGUCACGGAUCAGUUAUCAGUGUACUGUAGUGAGUUACAGGUCUUUGGAACAAGUAAAGCCUGAGGAAAACCUACUCAAAACAUGCUGUUUCAUAUCAAGACAUUUUUCUUUUAAAUAAGCAUUUUUAUCAGGCUCCUAUGUUUUAAAGGGAUAGUUCACUUUGAAAUUAUUUUUG